UUACCAAGAAUAACGCAGUUGCAGAUAUAGAAUACGUCCAAUUCAUACAAAGCGACUUUACUAGUUUUCAGUGAUUCCUAUAUCCAAGGCGUCAUUCUUACUCAAAUAUCUGUUCUCACGCAAAAUGCGAAUCUGAGCACAAAAUGAAGUUACUAUCCCUAAUAUCCGGAGGAAAGGACGGAAUAUAUGCUAUUCUCUCUGCAAAGAGACUCGGCCAUGACGUAGUUCUCUUGGGUCAUCUAAACCCUCUUGACCCAAAUACGCAUGAACUUGACAGUUAUAUGUAUCAGACAAUUGGACACAAUGUAGUUUUAACUAUAAGUACCUGUAUGGAAAUUCCGCUCAUAGAGCGUCCUAUAGGAGGCACCCCCAAAUCUACGGACACUCUUACGUAUCUGCCAACUGAUGGCGACGAAGUGGAGGAUCUAUAUGAGCUUGUUAAAGAUGCUUUGGAAAUAAACCCAAGUAUCGAGGCUGUUCUAACGGGUGCCAUAGCUUCUAAAUACCAACUAGAAAGGGUAAAAAAUGUCUGCGAUCGUCUCAAUUUAAAAACGGUGCAACCUCUCUGGGGAAGAGACCAAGGAGAACUGUUGAGGGACAUGGUUGAAGACGGAAUGAUUGCCAUACUCAUGAAGGCAUGUUGUAUGGGCAUAAGUGAGAAACACCUAGGAAAAACGAUCCGAGAACUGUAUCCGGAGUUCAUGAUGAUGGAGGCGGAAUUCGGUUUCAAUGUUUGUGGAGAAGGAGGUGAAUAUGAGAGCAUGGUGUUGGAUUGUCCGCUUUAUAAGAAGAGAAUUAGAGUAACAGAGCAUAAGGUAGUGUACCAUUCAAGGGAUCCAUAUGCCCCAACCAUAUUAUAUGUACCUGUAAAGUGGGUCACUGAGCCCAAAUCAUGA